CCUUCAAUUUAAAGUCAAUUGAUCUUUAUAUGUCCAAGAACUUGAUUAAGAUGCCAGACCUGUCAGAAGCCCCACAACUUGAGAUUAUUAAUCUUGAAGAAUGCAGAAGCUUGGUUGAGGUUCCCUCAUCCAUACAACAUUAGAACAACCUUAGUUUCCUAUGUUUACGGGGCUGUGAAAGUCUUAAAGUCUUUCCAGGAAACAUUCAUUUUGCUUCUCGAAUAAUUCUUGAUCUCUCCUUUUGCAUUAAUCUCACUGAGUUUCCUCAUAUUUCGGGGAAUAUAGAACAACUCUUUUUAAAUGGGACUGCAAUUGAAGAAGUUCCUUCAUCAAUAGAAUGUUUAAGUGAGCUUGUAUUAUUAGACGUGACAAAAUGUACAAGGCUCAAGAGUCUUUCAACUAGCAUUUGCAAAUUGAAGUCUCUUCAGUUGUUUUAUCGUUGGAACUGUUCUAAACUUGAAAGUUUCCCAGAAAUCUUGGAGGAAAUGAAAGAUUUGGUAGAUCUCAAUUUAAAUGGAUCAGCAAUAAAGACACUGCCAUCUACAAUUCAACAUCUAAUUGGACUUCGCUCUUUGGAGUUACGGGAUUGCAAGGAUCUUCAGACUAUUCCAAGCAGCAUCUGUAAUUUGACAUCUUUGGGUGAAAUUGAUCUUACUGGAUGCUCGAAACUUGAUACAUUUCCUGAGAACUUCGGGGAUUUAUUAGUUUUGAAAAAGCUUAAGGCAACAGGAGCUGCUAUAUGUCAACUUCCUUCCUCCGUUGCAAAGUGGAAACAGAUAACAAAGUUAGAUUUAUCUUUCUGCGCUUUAACAGAAAUUCCAAAACAUCUCUGUUGUGCAUCCUCAUUGGUCUUAUUAGAUUUAAGCGGAAACCCUUUUGAGACUCUACCUAUCAAUUUCAAGCAACUUUCUCAGCUGAAAAACCUCUACCUAGAGAACUGCAAUAUGCUUCUGUCAUUACCAGAGCUUCCAUUAUAUCUAGAAUAUAUUGAUGUAGUAAAUUGCGAGCGGCUUCAACUGUUGCCGGAGCUUCCCUCUAGUCUAAAAGAGUUAGAUGCAUCUGAAAUUGAAAAAUUAUCCGAAAACUGCAGCUCAGAUCAACUGUCUAAUAUAAGUUUCUUGUUUACAAACUGUCUGAAUCUAAUUCAGGAGACAUGCACCAAUACUUUUGCAGAUUUACAGCAAAGAAUUCAACUUCUGGCAACAACAUUACUGAGACUCUGCUAUGAAGAGGAAAGUGAUGAGAUACCUGCAAUCAGCUUAUGUCUACCUGGAAGUGAAAUUCCUAACUGGUUCAGCUAUCAAGGUUCUAGAUCUUCAGUAACUAUUCAGCUACAUCAGAAUUGGUGCAAUAGAAGAUUCAUUGGAUUUGCUUUGUGUGCUGUUCUCUCCUUUGAUAAGAGAAGUUGUUAUGAGGAAGCAAUUUCUGUGAAUUGUAGUUACCGAUUUGAAAGCAGUUCUGUUGAUACUGUUCACUUUCAAUGUGAUUUCAUGGCUGGAGCAGCCUUGGAGAAUGGCAUGAUAAUUGAGUCUGAUCACUUGAUAUUGGGGUAUAGUCCUUUAAUGGAUGUUAAACUACUUAAUGGCGAUUAUACAAUAGCCUUAUUUGGGUUCAGCCCAAUUAUGAUACUUCCCAUGAGGAAAAUAGAAGGUUGCAAGGUGAAAAGUUGUGGUGUCUGUCCUCUGUAUGCACAAUCUGACUUGAUCCAAGUUGACGUUUUUGUUGAGAAAUCGGCAAACAUAAAUCAAGAUUUUGGGGAAGCAAUUGUAGAAGAAUCCAUCAGGGAGAGAGCUGACAGAUUUGUGAGUUACAGUGGGGGGUUCUGUGGAGGCGGAAGCAGAGCCGCAUCCUAA